AUGAGUCCAUUGAAACGGAAGGCAGAGAAUGGGACAACACCAAAGGCGAAGAAAACGAAAGUAAUGGUGCCGGACUAUCACUUAGCAAGCCCGCGACGGGAUGACUACGGAGAAAUCGUUUGGCCUGCGCGUAGGGCGCAGAUUGAGCGCGCCCGAGAAAUUAUUGAGGAAUGCGCGAAAUCUCAGAGCCCUACUCUUAUUCUCCCAGAUAAAGAUGCCGAUGGUCUCUCAUCAGGUGUGAUCCUUCACCAUACUCUCACUGCACUCGGUCUCUCUCCUUCACUUAUCUCCGUCUAUCUACCGCCGAAGGGAGCCACCGUUCACGACGAUGUUACGAGAGACGCAAUAUCGGCAAAAUCACCUUCCUACAUCUUUGUCCUGGAUCAAGGGUCACGAAGAUCACGUCCCCUUAUUGAGGCGCCUCAUAAAUGCCUCGUCAUUGACCACCACUGGACAGAAGAAGGCGGCUUCCCCGAAGGCGCGGAUUACGUUACCGCUCAUGACUGUCCGCCAGUAGCAACAAGCUCUUUCUUGACUUACCAUAUUUGCGAGCCUCUUCAUACAGACAUUCAAUCGAAGACGGCCUGGUUAGCCGUCCUCGGCACUCAUGGUGACCUCGGGGCAACGUUGAAAUGGCAGCCUCCUUUUCCAGAUAUGUCAUCCACGUUCGCCCAAUUCUCCAAGAAGGCAAUAAACGAUGCCGUCGCCCUCAUCAAUGCCCCGCGUCGGUCAGCUGCAUACAAUGUCUCUGCAGCAUGGGACGCUCUCCUAGCGGCCGAGAGUCCGGACCCGAUCCUCAAGAACGAAACCCUCAAGGACGCCGCGUGGGAGGUGCAGCGCGAGACGGAACGCUGCACGCAUACUGCGCCGAAGUUUUCUGCUGAUGCUACCAUCGCCGUGCUUUCUAUAUCCUCUGCUGCACAGGUCCACCCUAUUAUUGCGACGCGUUGGGCGGGAACAUUGAAGUCGAAUAAGAUGGAGAUCAUCAUGUGCGCCAAUGAGGGAUACCUUCCUGGUAAGGUCAACUUCUCAUGCCGGAUUGCGAAGUGUGCGAGGGGGAGAAGUGGCGAGGACAAAGUCGAUAUCAUUAAGAAGCUAGAAGGCAUAGUGGCGGAUAAUCCGGAGUUACGAGCGAGGCUGGGAGAAAGCUUUGCUCGGGGUCAUAAGGAGGCAAGUGGUGGGGUGGUCGGGAAGGAGGAGUGGGAGGAGUUCAAGAAGGUUAUGGGAGUGGGCGAGGCGGUAAGGAAGAAGAAGGGUGAGGAUGUGGGGAAGAAGGAGAAGUCGGCUCAGAAGAAUACUUUGGCGAAUUACUUCACUAAGGCUGAGAAGGCGUGA